AUGGAUGUUGCAGAGCGUUACUUGGAAGAAUUAGCUAAUAGAUGCAUGGUUGAGAUUAAAGUACAUGAGCAGGGGAAGCAUGCAGUAACAAAGUUGGAGUCAUGUCGGAUUCAUGAUCUUAUGAGAGAUCUAUGCUUAGCCAAGGCAAAAGAGGAGAAUUUGUAUAAGAAUAUUCAUGAAUUGAAAAUCGUGGAUUGUUUAUGCAAGAAGUUGCCGGAUUACCAAUCCCAUAUGUUUCCUGACCCUGCAAUACUUGCUCAAUUGAAGCUGUAUUGUACUAGAAUUGAGGAAGACCCAAUUGGAACACUCGAGAGGCUUCUUAACUUAAGAAUGAUGGAACUUGGGAUGGAUUCUUUUCGGGGCCUAGAAAUGAUUUGCCACUCAAUGGGAUUUCCCCAACUAAAACAUCUCGGGUUUCAUGGUUUGGGUAACGUAAAGCAGUGGAAAGUGGAUGAAGGGGUCAUGCCUAAGGUCUCAAGUUUACGGAUUUGGUACUGA